AUGCAGAUUCCGUCUACAAGUCUACGUGACCACCAUGUUCAGCAACACACUGCUGCCCGGCGUCAUCCAGGUACUCAGCUCAUUUACCAGGCUGAUCAGCUGCAGAACGGUCAACGGCGAGAGUCAGGUGAGACUUUCGACGGAAGGCACGAUCUUCACGGAACAGAUGCCGGCAGCAGCAUUGAUACGACAAUAAACGAGCGCUCCUUGAUCGAGGGAGCACAGGGACCACAAUCCGAGCAAGGGCCGUACGCUCACGAUGCUGGCCUCGGUGAAGACGAGUACCGUUUCGAAGGCCAACAGAGCAGCAGUGAAGAGAGUUCUGAAGAUGGUGAAACUGAAGGGGACGAAGCUCAAAAUGAAGGCCAGGACCAAGGUCAUGACCAGUACCGAAGCGGAGCCCUCGAAUCAUACCGUGAUGAGGCGCAUCGAGCCUUAGCAACUAGAGGUUUCUUGGGCGAGGGUGAUUCGUACCCAAGCACUACUUCUGGUCCCCCGCAUGAGCUUAACCAAUGGGGCGUAAAGCAUCAACUGCCAAUUGACCACAUCGAGUCUGGCGAUCUGACCGAGUCACAUACACAGUAUCCCGCCAAGGGUGACACUGCCUAUCAAAAUCAACCACCACUAGCGCGAGCGAACCCACCGACUACCGGCUCUCAGGCUAUGCCGGCGGUCAACAUCUGGAAGAAAGGCGAGACUGUUAGGAAGACAGAGCAGCGUGUAAAUACGAAACUCAACACGCCCGGAGCAGUCCUUUCAUCCAAGGCUGCUCCAGAUGUUUCCAGUCAACCGCCGAGCUACAGCCAGGCCACCUUGCAGGCAUCUCAUCCAGCAAAAGCUGCUCCGAGACAGCAAUCACCUGCUCGUGCGAGCCAAAUCCCCCACCGCGGCGCUCGACCCUUUUCAAUUCCAAUGCAUGCUCCGGCUAGCAAGCAAGCGCUUGUGUCACCCACUGCUCCUGCAUCAGCCCUCCGUUCCGCACAUCCUCAGAUCCGGAUCCCCCCGAAAGAGGAGCCUGUCGCUCACUACCGAUCCAUUGAACAAGAUCCAGUCCAUGAAUUCGAGGGACCGAUUGGCGAUUACGACACCCCAGACCUCUUCAACAUGAGCUAUGACCAGCUGCGAGCCGAAGACUUCGACGCCGAACCACGUGGUCAGGUUCAGGUUCUGUCAGACGAAAUGCAGCAGCACGACCUCACUGAACGCUUGGUCCACGUCCAGAAGAAUCUCAACGCUGGCGACCAGGAGAAAUUCUUUCGCGUCCUGCCCACACGUGAAUGGGAGGAUGCUGGCGAUUGGUUCCUCGAGCAAUUUGGUAGUAUCAUUCAUCGUGCGAAAGAGGCUAGGCAGAAUAAGAGGAAGCUAGCCAGGGAUUUUGAGAACGAAGUGGAGAAGCGAUAUCGCCAUGUAGCAAAGAGGCAGCAAAACGUCGAAACUGCGCUUGGCGAAAUGAAGGAGAAGGGCCAGGGUCUCAUUCCAAAGAGCCCUAGGGCUUCUAAAGAGCCGGUAUUGAAGAAAAUACGAUCGCGGAAGCGAUGA